AUGGAUAUUCUCCGAGCCUUCAUCCUCGAAUUACCCGACGAGGUUUUGGAUGCGAUUAUUUGUGCAACGGGACCGGCUGCCCAUACCGGCAGCGAUGGGGCUUACGGUUUCAAAGUCUAUGGGAUGGGCACUGUACUCUCUCUUGUAUGCAAACGCUUUUAUCGCAUUGCUGUGCCAUACAUGUACGCAGAUUUAGUGAUCAACACCAGCGACAAAACUUGGGGAGUACCAAAGCAAGUUUUCAAGAAACUCCAUCGCAGCUUCAGAGACAAUCCGUUGCUUUGGCCACUCUGUCGACACCUCAUAGUGAGCUAUGACACAACAAACGUCAAUAAUCUAUAUGUUGCAACGGAUUGUAUCACCUGGCUCAUUGCUGUCCGAGCUUUAACGUUUUGGGGCCUGACGGAUAGGAAGGCGUGGGAUCUGGUCCGACUAGCCACGGAACAGAAGUCAAGUUGUAAUUCUUUGUCACUCUGCUCCGCCAACUACUACGACCUCGAUCUACUCCUUGUGAUAGACAUAUUGGGUGAUUUCAAGUCCGGAUUUCUCCCCGAUCUCCAAACACUGUGUCUGCGCGGCAUUUCAUUAUACGGAGACCAGUUGUGCCAGGAAGCGCUUGGGGAAAAAGCAGGAACGGCCCCAUUCACGAAACUUGAGCUACGCAAUUUUCUCCUAACUCCAAAAUCCCUCGAAGGACUCGUCCGUUGGUCUAGGCGUCUAGAAGAAUUUGAGCUGAAAUUUACCUUUGGGGAUGACUUCGCUACCCCUGGGCUAUAUAAGGAUUGGUCCCUGGCAACAUUGCAACCAAUUCUUUCUCUUCACCGAAAAACACUUCGAUCGCUCACAUUAGACGCCAUUAACUGCCCCGGCAUCCAUGGCCUUGACUUGCGCCAGUUCGAAAACCUAGAUGAGCUUAGCCUCUCGUCGCAAAUUACAGGUCAUCAACAACGCCGCUACGGGAAUGAAUAUUUUGAACCCCCUGAUGGUCUUCUUGCUCCGCGCCUCCGUGUCUUCCACUGGGAUUUGACUCUCGUGGAUCAGCAAUGUUGUGAGGGUUUUGACGGCUUCGGCCAAGUAGAAGAAGAUUGGCUACGACAACUGGCACGCAGGGCAAUUCAACGCGGAUGUCCACUGCGUAAGAUUGAAAUCAAAUUCACUCCCGGAGAGUGGAGCUUCGAUAGCGACGUGUAUCCGUGGGACCGAAUGGAUGCUAUUGGGCGUGAGCUACGUCCGCACGGCGUUGAAUUGUCAUAUAACCCUCCUUCUGUUAGUAAGGAAUGGUUUUUGAAGAUAGUCGAGCCCAAGGAGUAUGAGGCUCAAGAGAAUGCCAAGCUGGCUGCCGAAGCGGAACGCCUUGGAAAUAUCGUGCGCGACAGAGUUAUCGUGCCGACGGCCUAA